AUAAACGGUAUCUCGCCUUCAAAAGGUGGAGCUGUCUCCUCUUGUUUUGAAAUGUUUUUCAUUGUUUAUUUUGGAGCAAACGAGGAGGAGAUUUUUAAUCCAGAAUGUCCCGUGAGAAUACUCUUAGAAGAUGUUAAAAAUCGUUGCAAUUGCACAGACAAAGAUAGUAUAGGGUUUCUCGACGACAAGAGGGUGCUGGUGAACAUUGCUGAUGAGAAAUCGAUGGAAAAUGCUGCAAAAUACUUCACUGAUAGAGGAGUGUACACUCUCCUUGCUAUUGAAAGACGUGGAGAUGCAACAACUUAUGUUCCACUUGUUGAUGAACCAAGCAAAGAGCUAUUAGUUAAAAUAGAGUCAUUGCAGUCUGUUGGUUCUAAAAAUCCCAAAUCUCAAAGACGAGGUUCAAGGACUCCUCAGUCAAUGAUGAAACCCCCUAAUCAGAUGAGUGCAUCAAAAGGGAGACAAAGAAAAUGGCCGCCAAGUUAAAACUCAGAUAAAUCGAGCAUGUUAUAUCACUUGUUAUCAUAAUAAUUAUAAUUAUUAUUAUAAUAAUUAAAAUUAUAUUACACAGCACUUUAUUAGUACCUGCAAUGCAGGAAAAAAAAACAUUUUACAUCAAAUGAAAGACUACAUGUAUACAGCUAUUAUUUUAGUAAUAAUAAUAAUGUUCAAAAAUUGUGUAAAUUUAAUACAAAA